AUGGUGUCCAAAGAACAUGCUUUAGCUCAUCAGCUUCAUCAGGAGCUCCGAUAUAUAUUGUUGAUCUAUCACAGGAACAAAAACCAGCAUAAAAUGGCGAUUUGGUGGAGACACUUUAAUGAACUCAAGCGUAGUGCUGGACAAGUGUUAGUAUUGAUUCAAAAAGACAAACUUAAAAGGUCAGAAGUGACCAGGUUGUGGAGUUUAGUGGUCAAGCUGCGAAAACACCAAAUUUCUCGAAUGUACUAUAGUUUCAACGGUGUAGUUGGCCUAGGUCAGUUUGUCACAUUAGGAGUAGUGCUCAUUGGAAUUUUGGCCAAGAUUAACGCUCUUUACAACGAUAUCUUUGAAAACUACAAAUCAAACUUUGAAUCAAUCGGGUUGCUGAAACAGUGUGACGUUCCGGUUCCAUUGGUUAUUACCAACACACAAUUGGGCCUGUUUGCCGAUGAGGAAUUAGGCGAGGAAGUAGAAAUUCAAGAACAAGUUCCACCAGAGCCCGAACCAAAAAAUGCAUCGCACCUCCAUGCAAAUGAUGCUAUACCAAGGCAAAACCUUGUUAAGAAAUUGAGGAACAAGAAAAACAAGAAAAAGAAGAAAUCAAGCGCCAUGGACGAUAUUUUUGGAUAA